GUGAUGAACAGACACGUAUAAAUAGUCGAUGAAUCCAAUGACAGGACAUCAGUAAAUUGAUAUUGUUCAAAGUAUCAACUGCAGUAAACAUGAAGAUUGUUAUUAUUGCUUGUCUUAUUGCUAUGACACUGGCAGAACCACCGAGUUAUCGCCAGGAGUAUCAAAAUGAUAAGACAUACUACUUUGCUAAACAGCAAGAAGAGGCUCCAUAUCAAGCAUCUGGCUGGAAACCAGAUGGCCCAGCUUUUGAACUACCACAAAAACAACAACAACAACAAGCACCAGUUCAGCCUCAAGGCCAGUAUGGUGCUCCUGUUAAACCAUCAAAAGAAUAUGGUGGUCCAGUUGAGCCUCAAAAACAAUAUGGUGCACCAGCUAAACCAUCAAAUCAGUAUGGUUCACCACAAAAACAAUUUACUACACAAUUAGUACCUGAAAGACAAAUUAGUGCACAAUUUUCACCACAAAAACAAUAUGGAGCACCAGCUCAACCAUCAAAUCAAUAUGGAAGCCCAGCUCAACCAUCAAAUCCAUAUGGAAGCCCAGCUCAAUCAUCAAAUCAAUAUGGAGCACCAGCUCAACCAUCAAACCAAUAUGGCGGCCCAGUUCAAUCAUCUCAAAAUCAGUAUGGUGCACCAGUUCAAUCACCACAAAAUCAAUAUGGUGGACCAGUACAAUUUCCACAACAAUAUGGUGCACCUGAAUACACAACAAUUGAACCAGUAACUGCAACAGACUAUGAAGAAUCUACCAAUUCAUCAAGUGGAGUAGAAUCACAGGCUGAGCCAGUUGACUCUGUAAAUGAUCUUGAAGAAAUUGGUGAUGUUGAUGAAUCAAAAAAAGAAUCUGGUGAAUAUUAUGUUGCACUUCCCGACGGUCGUUUACAACGUGUACAAUAUGUUAGCAGUCAAGAUAUUGAAGCAAUGAAAUAUUUUGCUAAAAUACGUGCUGAAAAUGUUGAACCACUUCGUGGACCAGUAUACGCUUAUCAACCACUUCAAAAAUUACAAUUUGCACCAUCAAAAUUGGCAAUAAAUGCUGAACAACCAGUUGUUGCAAUUCGUGAAACAAGUCCAAAAAAUUUAAAAAUUCAAGCAUCACCAGCUAAACUUGAAGUUCAACCAUUAGCUGCUGAAAUUCCAAGUGGUAUUGUUGCACCAGUUAGUUCAUCAUACACAACUUAUACAGCAAACUAUCAACUACCUGAACAGCGAUUUUUAAUUUCUCUUUAAAAAAAAGAAAACAAACAAUAAUCCAUAAAGUUGUUAAAUUGUAAAUUUAUCAUUAUUAAUUUGUUCUUUCAAUAUACUGAAAAUAUUCUUGCAUCAAAUUUUGUUUUUUAUGAAUUGUUAUAUUAUUUUGAAUUGGAAAAUACGAGAGACGUAUAUUUAUUAUUGAAGGAAGAGUAAAAUUCUGUAUACAGCAUUUACGUAUACAUAUAUGUACAUUCUAUUAUAUAUAUAUAUAUAGGAA